AUGUGUGUGUCCAGCUGUCUGAGGUGUGUCGCCGUCUCUCUGGUUGCCUUGGCAAUCGUCUGCAUGUUGUCCAACAUCCUGCUCUUGCUUCCUGAACUGAAGUUCCACUUCCUGUUGGAGGGUCAUGUGACCAGAGAGGCCACCUGGGCCACGGGCCUGUGGGGGUCCGGCUUCCUGGUUCUGCUCGGAGCUCGAGCGUUUGUGCAGAGCAGCAAAACCAGAGGCUGCUGUGCUUUCAGACGUCAGAUGUUGUGUCAGGUGAUGUACUCAUGUGUGUGUCUGCUGGCUGCUGGGUUUUGCUGUCUGGUCAGUGCCACUGGUCUCUCUCAGGGUCCCCUCUGUCUGUAUAACACAACCUCCACUCCGACCUGGGGGGUCCCGCUACAACCCCACCCAGACUGUCAUGCAGGCUAUCUGUACAACAGGACUUUGUGGUCUGGAGUUUGUCUGGAGCCCAGAGAAGUGGUUCAGUGGAAUGUAGUUCUGUUUAGUGUGAUGGGGGGCGCCAGUGGGCUGCAAAUGGUCUUCUGUGGAGCCAACAUCCUCAACUCACUGCUGGGACUGAUCCUGGGAAAGGGUCUCUGCAACAACAAGGUCAGUCCUGGAUCUUGAAAAAGGAAACCGGCUAAGAAACUCUUCAUAAUGUAAAGUUAUAAAAACUUUUAUUUUGGCGGGACCCUCUUAUUAUUUUCAGUCCAAGCUGUUAAACAGGACAACAAAAAACUCUGAUGCACUUUAGAUGAACAAUAACUUAAAGAUAAUUCAU